AUGGAUGUAGUGCACCCGUCCUAUGUAACGCAAGCAGAUUACACUAGCGAUUGUGCAUGGAUCAAACAGGUCGUAGAGGAGCACAGCGUAUGUUUGCUAAUAGCAAGGGUAACGAUAGAAGGUCCAUUUGGGGUUCUUGUGACCGAAGCUGCGGUGUCCAAAAACCUCCCUCUUUGCUACCCGUACCUGUUUUCUAACAAGUCUGACCAACUGUUGAAGGAGAGGGGACAGUGCUUUUCGGAAGAGGUUGUGCUCGCGUUGACACGCGCAAAGGCCAGGCAGCUUGCGACGAAAUUGCAAUUUGACGACAAGGGGAAUACUCCAAACCAUGCGGCACCACCAUUAGAGCAACGGGUAGAGUCCGACGCAGUGAAUGACAAUGGUAAAGGCGAAGAAGAGAAAAGAGCGAUAGAAUGCGAAGUCCUUCCCCCAGUGUCCCGAAACUUCCAAGCCCUCGCUAGCGUAGAGAAGUCCGUCCUAGCAGCCGAGCAGAAAAGUGAUCCGUCUCUCAUCGACUUACGACAUAAGGUUGAGGAGGGCUUAGCAAAGAAGAACGUCAGCUUCCACGUGAAAUCGGGUCUACUCUACAGACACUACCAGGAUAGAAAAGGCAAGGUAGUCGAGCAGUUGAUCGUCCCCCAAAAGUAUCGAAGCGACUUGCUACAUCUUGCGCACUCUAGCUCCUGGGCCGGACAUUUAGGCGUGCGGAAAACCAAGCUUCGGCUAACGCAGGACUAUUAUUGGCCAGGCUGCUGGAAGGAUGUGGAGCUCUUUGUAAGAUCGUGCGAUGUGUGUCAAAGGGAGGUAGUAGGAGAAAACAUGCGAUCCGCCCAGCAGAAAGCAAAGGCCUACUAUGAUAAGAGUGCCCGAAAGCGUUCCUUUGCAGUCGGAGACCAGGUUAUGCUGCUUAAACCGUCUAAACAAAAUAAGUUAGAGGUGCAGUGGGAAGGACCCGCUAACGUAGUCCAAAAGAUUUCGGAGACGAAUUACGCGGUGGAAAUGGGAAACCGGCAAAAAAAGGUUAAGGUGUACCACUGCAAUCUGAUGAAGCCCUACAGAGAAAGGGAGGCUGUUGUCAACAUGACAUUAAACACGCCCGAGGAGGAACAUAACGAAAUUCCUGAUGUCGGCACCAACAAAGAGCUUACGACAGCAGAAAUUUUCGAAACCGCUCGUGUAGGGGAAAAUCUAGAACCGUCGCAGUUGGAGGAUCUAAAGCGUGUCAUUGAAGAAUUUCGACCACUAUUUUCUGAGAAGCCGGGAAAAACUUCGCUGGUAGUGCACGAUAUAGAGCUCACAAGUGAACAACCGGUACGUUCGAAGCCCUACCGAAUGUCCCCGAGACAGAAGGAUAUCAUGCAGGUCGAAAUCCAGAAAAUGUUGGAAUUGGGAGUGAUAGAGCCGGCCGAGAGCGACUUCACGUCACCCAUGAUUCUGGUUGAGGUCCCUGGGAAAGACCCCCGUCCGUGUAUAGAUUACCGUCGACUUAAUUCUAUAACACGUGACGAAACGUAUCCCAUACCGAACAUCGAGGAGCGGUUAGAAUAG